GCGGCUUCCUUGGAUUCCGUGCUUGGCGACGGCUCAGGCACCGCGGUGUGGCCUGCGAGGACUCGGAGUAGUAACGCGCUGUCAGAGGCCGCCAAUUGCCUCCGCCUUACCGCGGCUCCCCUCAGCGUGAGUGUUUCAUAGGUACAAAUGAUGGAAAAUGUACACCUGGCACCAGAGACAGAUGAAGAUGACCUUUAUUCUGGUUAUAAUGACUACAAUCCAACCUAUGAUACUGAGGAAUUGGAGAAUGAUACAGCUUUUCAGCAAGCUGUGAGAACUAGUCAUGGCAGAAGACCUCCAAUAACUGCUAAAAUACCAAGCACGGCAGUUACUAGACCUAUAGCUACUGGAUAUGGGUCCAAGACGUCCCUGGCAUCAUCAAUGGGAAGACCAAUGACAGGAGCCAUCCAGGAUGGUGUUACUCGACCUAUGACAGCUGUGAGAGCAGCUGGUUUUACCAAAGCAGCUCUGAGAGGCUCUCCAUUUGACCCUCUAAGUCAGUCAAGGGGCCCCGCUCCUCCUCUAGAAGCCAAAAACGAAGAUAGUCCGGAAGAAAAGAUUAGACAAUUAGAGAAGAAAGUAAAUGAGUUAGUAGAGGAAAGCUGUAUUGCCAACAGUUGUGGAGACUUAAAAUUGGCCUUAGAAAAGGCAAAAGAUGCAGGAAGAAAAGAGCGAGUACUGGUGAGACAACGGGAGCAAGUUACUACUCCAGAAAAUAUCAAUUUGGACUUAACUUACUCAGUUCUUUUCAACUUGGCCAGUCAGUAUUCAGCUAAUGAAAUGUAUGCUGAAGCACUAAACACAUAUCAAGUUAUAGUGAAAAAUAAAAUGUUUAGCAAUGCAGGAAGAUUGAAGGUGAAUAUGGGAAAUAUUUAUUUAAAGCAAAGAAAUUAUUCCAAAGCCAUUAAAUUUUACCGAAUGGCAUUAGAUCAAAUUCCAAGUGUCCAUAAAGAAAUGAGGAUUAAAAUAAUGCAGAACAUUGGUGUCACAUUUAUUAAAACUGGUCAGUAUUCAGAUGCGAUUAAUUCAUUUGAGCAUAUAAUGAGUAUGGCACCAAAUCUGAAGGCUGGCUUCAACCUAAUUCUUAGUUAUUUUGCUGUUGGAGACCGGGAAAAAAUGAAGAAGGCAUUCCAAAAAUUGAUUGCUGUUCCAUUAGAAAUUGAUGAAGAUGACAAAUAUAUUUCACCAAAUGAUGACCCACAUACUAACCUGGUGAUUGAAGCUAUAAAAAAUGAUCAUCUAAGACAAAUGGAACGUGAUAGGAAAGCCAUGGCAGAAAAAUACAUCAUGACAGCUGCAAAACUCAUUGCUCCUGUAAUUGAAACAUCUUUUGCUGUAGGUUAUGACUGGUGUGUUGAAGUUGUGAAAGCUUCUCAAUAUGUAGAGCUAGCAAAUGAUCUGGAAAUAAAUAAAGCAAUUACAUACUUGAGACAAAAGGACUUUAACCAAGCUGUAGAGACCUUAAAAAUGUUUGAAAAAAAGGACAGUAGAGUGAAAAGUGCAGCUGCAACCAACCUUUCAUUCCUGUAUUAUUUAGAGAAUGAAUUUGCCCAAGCCAGCAGCUAUGCAGAUUUAGCUGUGAACUCUGAUAGGUAUAAUCCAUCAGCUCUUACUAAUAAAGGGAAUACAGUUUUUGCAAAUGGCGAUUACGAGAAGGCAGCUGAAUUCUAUAAGGAGGCUCUGAGAAAUGAUUCUUCUUGUACUGAAGCACUUUAUAAUAUUGGCCUCACCUAUAAGAAGCUAAACCGACUAGAUGAAGCUUUGGAUUGUUUCCUGAAACUUCAUGCAAUCCUACGAAACAGUGCCCAAGUUCUUUACCAAAUAGCAAAUGUAUACGAAUUAAUGGAAGAUCCCAAUCAAGCUAUUGAAUGGCUAAUGCAGCUGAUCAGUGUUGUUCCAACUGAUUCUAGAGCUUUAUCUAAACUAGGAGAAUUAUAUGAUGGUGAGGGAGAUAAAUCCCAAGCUUUUCAAUAUUACUAUGAGUCAUAUAGGUAUUUCCCUUCAAACAUUGAAGUUAUUGAGUGGCUGGGAGCCUAUUACAUUGACACCCAGUUUUGUGAAAAAGCCAUUCAGUACUUUGAAAGAGCUUCUCUUAUACAGCCUACACAAGUGAAAUGGCAGCUGAUGGUAGCUAGUUGUUUUAGAAGAAGUGGUAACUACCAAAAAGCAUUGGAUACUUACAAAGAUAUUCAUAGAAAAUUUCCAGAAAAUGUUGAAUGUCUGCGUUUCUUGGUUCGUCUCUGCACAGAUAUUGGAUUAAAAGAAGUUCAAGAAUAUGCAACAAAACUCAAGAGAUUGGAAAAAAUGAAAGAAAUAAGGGAACAGAUCGCAAGAAAUCAUAACCCAAACUUUAGGAAGCAUUGAUUCCAAGGAGUUCCUAAGAAAUGAACUUGAGAGUAACUUCCACACAAAAUCAUUGCUAUAGCCCCAAAGGGAUAAUGUACUGGCUGAUACACAAGACUCAUACUGUUGCUGGAGAAAUUCAUUGAUUUUCAACUGCAAACAGGUAUUCAUUUGGAAGGGAGGAUAAAAAACACAUUCUCUGCCCACGAGGAAAAAGGCAAGGGGGAAAGUUAAACAGGUAGAAUUGCCAUAGUGUGGUGGGUGCUACCGUGCUGAGCACCAAAUGAGCGUCCACCUGGGAUUCAGGAAGAUGAGAUGGAGCCGAACGUUAAAGGUGAGCAGGAGUUGGUGAAGAAGAUACGGAAGGGCAUUCCAGAAGCCUGAACAAACCCUUGGAGGGAGGGGGGCCUGCAGAGUCAGGGAAAUGUAGGUGGUUGAGUAAGACGCCUGCAGCUUUAUUUUUGCAGUAGGCUAUACAGUAAUUUGCCCAAAGUGAAGAGGACAGGGUGUGGUUGAAGGUACAGGUGUGAGAUGUUCACCUGGGACCUGGGAAGGAAUCUGGCAAGCAGUGGGGAGGGCCUGCCUGAGGCUGGCGCUCGGCUGCCUGGCUGUGUGAUCCUUCUCUAGCAGGGCUCAGUGUCCUGGAGUAGGAGAGGAAAAGCCAAAGUCGUUGAAUCAGUCUGGGUUUCUCUUGGUGAAAAAAACAGAAAGAGUGGAAGGCAAGCAAGGGGCUUAAGGGUGCUGAUGUGAUUGUAUUUAAAGUGAGGACUUAAAGGGACCAGUUAGGAGGAGGUGGAUGGAGAGCCAAGGGAUUGGAAAGUUCUAGAUAAAAAACAAAGAACAGAUCUAUUGGGGAUAAGCAUAUAGUGAUCAUGAAAAGUGCUCACGUUCCUAAAUUGUCCUAUUCUAAAUUUGUGCUUGCUUAGGCAGGUUGUGAGAUCUUUUUUCACAUUUGAUUUGAAAGCGUUUCAAGUUACAUGGACAUUUGUCUUUAUUAGUUUUAAUUAUUUUAGCAUUACAUAUGUCUCUCAUAUAUGUUGGAGAUUGCCAAUCUAUGGAUAGAUGAAAAUUGAGGAGCUUUGAAAUAAAAUGAGAUUGUAGAUGUUUAGAUUUUAUUUUAUUGCAUCUUUUUUAGAUUUUAUUUUGUCUAUGAAGGCAAAGGGAAGGAUGAGAUUAUAGCAGGACAGGGUUUCAAGGGAGAUUUCUCUUUUUAGAAGUUUUAUUGUGGUAAAAAAUAUGUAUAAUAUAAAACCUGCUAUUUUAACCAUUUUAAGCAUACAGUUCCAUGACAUUAAUUACAUCCCUAAUGUUGUACAACCAUCACCACCAUCCAUUUCCAAAAUUUUCAUCACUCCAAACAGAAACUCUGUACUCCCAUUAAGCAAUAAGCCCCCAUUCCUCCCCACCCGCAGCCCCUGGUGACCUCUAAUCUGCUUUCUGUCUCUAUCAAUUUGCUUAUUCUGGGAAGUCAUGAAAGUGGAUACAUACAAUAUUUGUUCUUUUGUGUCUGGUGUAUUUCACUUAGCAUGUUUUCAAGAUUCAUCCAUGUUGAAGCAUGUAUCAGAACUUUGUUCCUUUUUGUAGCCAAUUAUCCAUUGUAUGACUAUACCACAUUUUGUUUAUCCAUUCAUUAGUUAAGUGACACUUGGGUUACUUGGAUCUUUUCAUGAUUGUGAAUAAUGUUUCUCUGGUCAUCAGUGUACAGAUAUCUAUUCGAGUCCCUGCUUUCAGUUUUUUUGGAUAUAUAUCUAGGAAUAGAAUUGCCAGGUCAUAGGGUAAUUCUAUGUUUAGCUUUCUGAGAAACCACCAAACUGCUUCCCACAGAGGCUCCAUCAUUUUACAUUCUCACCAGUAAAGCCAACACAUACACGCUAAGUGAUUUGCAACUAUUUUCUCACUCUGUAAAUUGUCUUUUCACUUUCUUAAUAAUGCCCUCUGAUGUACAGAAGUUUUUAAUUUUGAUGGUCUAAUUUAUCUAUUUUUUUG